AUGGUGACUGCAGAAGCUAUUGCUAACAUAAACAAGUUUUGGGAAAAGUCCAGCGAAGGAAAUGAAGAUCUUGGAGAUGAAGAGCGUAGUGACCGGUCAUCGGAAGUUGACAACAACCAACUGAGAGCAAUUAUCGAAGUUAAUCCUCUAACAACUACACAAGAAGCUGCUGAAAAACUCAAUGUCAGCCAUCCUACGGUUGGUCGUUCGGCAUUUCAAGUGAAUUGGGAAGAUGAAAAAGGUCGAUAA